AAUGCUUAAGCAUCUUUACGAUACAGACUGUGUUACUUGGUCACCAUAAGGCAAAUUAUUCUAAGUAGAAUAUGCUAUGGAAGCUGUCAAAUAAGGAAGCAUAUGUUUGGGACUCAAAUCAAACGAAAAUGUAGUAUUAUGCAGUCUCAAAAGACAACCAUCUGAAUUAGCAGGCUAUUAAGAAAAAUAAUUUAAAAUAGAUGAUCAUAUGGCUAUUGCUAUUGCUGGAUUAACAGCAGAUGCACGUAUUAAAUUAUAUAUAUAAAUACAGGUGUUUUAUGUAAAUAUAUGAGAACAGAAUGCUUAGAAUAUAAAUAUACAUAUGAAUCUCAUCAUCCAGUAGGAAGAUUAGUUUACAAAGUUGCAGAAAGUAUGAUAUAUAUCAAAUUUGAAAAGAGUCUCAACAUAAAACUUAAAGUGGGGCUAAGAGACCCUAUGGUGUAGGAUUAUUGGUUGCUGGUAUUGAUCCAAAUGGUGUUCAUUUAUUUGAAACAUGUCCAUCUGGCAAUUAUUAUGAAUAUAAAUGUUAAGCUAUAGGUUCAAGAUCAUAAGCUGCUAGAACUUAUUUUGAAAGUUGGUUCCAUUUAUUUGAAAAAAGUACUUUAGAAUAACUUAUUUUACAUGGAUUAAGUGCUAUCAAGAAGGCUAUUAUGGAAGAUGAAGAGUAUUUUAAGAUAUUAUAAAUAUAAUAGAUUAAAUGAGAAAAAUGUAGAAGUUGGAAUUUUAGGUAAGAAUUAGAAAUUUACACAUUUAAAUGCUUAAGAAUUAAGAGAUUAUAUUGCUAAAUUAGAUGCUUUUAAUCCUAAUUCUUAAAUAUAAUAAGAAUGAU